UGGAUACUACUGGAUAACAUUCUAGUUAAUCAACUAUUUGGUGUCGACUUGGGGUUGGGCAUGACCGUAGUGACAUUUGACUGGACACAAAUCUUGUGGAUUGGCAGUCCAUUGAUGUAUCCAUGGUGGGCUGAAGUACACAUCUUCUUCGGCUUCAUUCUUUUCUUCUGGAUCAUCACACUGAUAUUAUACUACACCAACACAUGGGAUCUCGCCUACUUCCCCUUGAACAACAGCAAUUCAUAUGAUCGCUACGGUAACGUGUACAAUGUGUUGGCUGUGUUGUCUGCCUCCAACCGCUUCAAUCUUACUGCCUAUGAGAACUAUUCUCCGCUUUAUCUUCCCAUGACUUAUGCGAUGACCUACAUACUUGCAUUCGCCCUAUCGACUUGCGUGCUCAUGCACAUGAUCCUUUACCAUGGUCGAAGUUUACUGAAUGGGGUGAAGAAGAUUCGCGUAGAGCAGGAUGACAUCCAUGCGAAGCUCAUGUGCAACUACCCUGAAGUGCCAGAUUGGUGGUAUCUCGUGUGCUUCUUUGGCUUUUUCCUCCUCAUGGUAGUAGUCGUUGAGGUGUGGCAUAUGGCAGUACCUGUGUGGGCCUCUGUGGCAUUACCAACUCUAUAUGUCUUGCCGUCCGGCUUCAUUUUCACAAUGACUGGGCAAGGGAUCACGCUGAAUCUGCUUGCGCAGAUCAUUCCAGGGACUUUAAUGGCAGGCGACCCUGUUGCGAACAUGAUCUUCAAGGCAUACUCCGUUCAGACAUUGAUGGAAUCUACAUCAUUUGUACAGGAUCUCAAGCUUGGUCAUUACAUAAAGGUUCCUCCACGAGCCACGUUCCUUGUGCAAUUUGUGGGCACGUUGUUGGCAUCAUUCAUCCAGAUCGGUGUCAAGCAGUGGAUGUUCAACAAUAUUCCGGACAUCUACACCCCAAAUCAACCCAGUUUCUUGACGUGUCCUCACAAUGAAGUGUAG